UCCCUCCCUCCCUGCUGAGGGUGGAGAGUGGGAGGAGGAGGAGGAGGCGAAGAGGGGGAGUUUGGGAAAGAAUGUGCGGAAUUCAUUUCCUGUCGAGCAGCUCUCACAGCCAGGAGAGCCUGGGAGUCAUGGCCAAGGCUGAGGCUCAGUUACGCUCCACUCAGGAGAAGGAGCGCUGACUUCUGCUUCUCCUGCUGGAACAUCUGCUCCGCUCCUCCGAGGCCAGCAGGAGGAGGAAGAGGAGGUGCACCAUGGCUGAGCCCCUGCUGAAGAGGACGCUCUCCAGGCUGAGAGGCAAAGACAGGAGCCGCAGGAAGACCGAGCCCAAACUCAGUGAGGCAGCAGUCUCAUCAGAAAUGGUCCAGCCUUCUUCGUUGUCAUCGUCUCCAUCCAUGAAACCAACACAAGCAACGUCAUCAGAUGCCCCACCACGACCUCGCAACUUUAUCACGGUUGCUAAGAAACAACAGUGGGCACAGCAGGGAGCAGCGGCUCCGCCCCCAUUUCUAAACCCCAACCACAGACCUUUGGAGUUACGAGACCCAUCAGGAAGAUGCCAGGAUCCACCUGAACAAAGCCUGGGCCAUAAUGUGAGACAGGAGAAGAACCAACAUGAAGGUGACAGAAUGCUUACCUCCUAUACUGGUGAUGCCACCAGCUCCACUUGUGCCCUGGUUAGCACCGCAACACAACACGAAGCUUCACAGCCAACAUGUAGCUACAAUGACAAGCCUGCCUCCUCCAUCAACACAAAGCUGUCAGGCCAACGCUCGUACCUGCAGAGCCUCGAUCGCACCAGCAGAGCCUGGGUGCUGUCUUCAGGAAAGAGCCACGAGUCAGACAACCUACUUAGCCCUCGCGAAGACAAUGGCAGCAACAUCUGGUACAACCCCAUCCCUGAGGAUGAGGCCACUGGAAGUCCACUUAGGGAGGAGGUGAUAUGGAAGAGAAGGAGUGAAAAAAUAGGAGUACCAAAAAAUCUGGAGACGGAGACCAGAGUCCAGCUUGAAGGAGAAGUUGACGGUCCAUUAGAUCCUCUGACCCUUAGCCACCAGGCUGAAGACAUCAGUGCAGAAAAGCCAGACUCACCUCCCUCAGACUCUAGCCCCGCCUCUCAGAAGAAAGGAUCUGUGAUUGAUAAGCUGAGGUCUCCUGGCACUGUCCGAAAGCUUUCUCUUAGGAUGAAGAAACUUCCUGAGCUGCGACGUAAACUCAGCUUUCGCUCUUCGUCUCGUGCUUAUCGCCACGGAAACAACACAGGAGAUUCAGAGGACACCAAGACAACGGCCUCGGGAGCAUCAAAUCAGAAUGUGAUCAGCAAAUAUCAUCUGGACAGCUCGACCCCCCCAGCUCGACCCCUACGGCGAUCAUCCCGAGGACGCUCGGCCAGUAAAGGAGGCUACCUUAGUGAUGGCGAUUCCCCAGAGUUGUUACCACGGCAACAGGCUCCCCAAGUUUCCUCGCCCCAAGAAGUGCCAUGUGACGUUAGUUCGUUCAGACUGUACUUGGGCGCCGACCCGCCUAGAUGCAGCCAGCGGGUGACCGGGCUGCUGACUGUCCACCUGCUUGGCCUGGAGGACAUGAAGACCAGCAGGUCAGAGAACAGUAAGGACAUAUUUGUGGCCAUCCAGAUUGAUGGAGCGACAAGAGCCAGGACUGCUCUCCUGACCCUGAAAGGUUCCUCCCUGACCCUCAACCACACCUUUCACCUGGAGCUGGAGCGAGCACGGCAACUCCGCAUCGUGGUGUUAACGCCAGCUAACCCAGCAGCAGGAGGACAUCAACCAGCAACUUCAGGAGGUCCAACCAGAAAUAGAGUGUGCUGUCUGGGAGGCGUCUCCAUACCUCCACUUUUUAAAGGGAGUCGUAGUCAACAGCUCUGUGUGAAGCUGGAGCCCAGAGGACUACUUUACCUUAAGCUGUCUCUGCAAGAAAAAUGGGACACACAGCCAAUGGGGGACACGUCUACUCCAGCCAAUGUCUUUGGGAUUGAACUGCACCAGCUUGUAGAGAAAGAGGAAUCAGCAGUUCCAGUGCCUCUGCUGAUCCAGAAAACUGUUGCAGAGAUAGAGCGACGAGGACUGAAGGUGGUGGGUCUGUACAGACUGUGUGGUUCUGCUGCGGUGAAGAAGGAGCUCAGAGACUGGUUUGAGAGGAACAGCUCGGCUGUCCGUCUGUCAGAAGACCUCUAUCCCGACAUCAAUGUCGUCACAGGUAUCCUGAAAGACUACCUGCGGGAGCUGCCAUCCCCUCUCAUCACCAGAACUCUGUACCAGGUAGUGAGAGAAGCCAUGGCCAUCCGAACUGCACCUUCCCCACCUGAGAGUCCAGAUCCCCAGCUAUCCCGGAGCACUGUUGGGCUCUUGUCCUGUCUUCCCACCCCAGAGAGGGCCACAUUGUCUCUUCUGCUCGACCACCUCAGUCUGGUGGCGUCCUUCAGCUCCUUCAAUAGAAUGACGCACCAGAACCUUGCCGUGUGUUUUGGCCCGGUUCUACUCACCCCAACGCAGGAGGCCUGGAAGACGGGAGGGGGCGGAAGGGCGGGAAAAGGUGCUGGCAAGGGCUUUGGGCCUGGUGAGGAGAUGAACGGUGCGGUGGACUUCAAGCGCCACAUUGAGGCUCUGCACUACCUGCUGCAGCUUUGGCCAGUGCCCACUCAUCAUUCAGCAGAUAACAACCCCUACCCUUCAUUUUCCCUUGCUUCCUCCCAAAAUCCUCUGGACCAACUCUCCCAUCCAGUCAUAAAUCGGCCCCAGAACCGUGAGGAGGAGGUGGUGGUGUCCCGUCGUGGGCGUGCUGGUGUGACCCGGCUGGAGAGUCCGCCUCUUAUCAACCGCUAUGCCGGAGACUGGAGUGUCUGCGGACGGAACCUUCAGUUAGGACAGGAAGCCGACUAUGACGAGGUGGCAGGAAGUGAGAGUGACGGAGGCAGCAGGGACGAAGAUGAGGAGGAGCAAAAGGAGGUGUGGUCUUCAGGAGGAGGCGGCCGAGGAAGUCUCUAUGUGGAUGAAUUUGUAGACUUUGAUGCUCCGUUUAACUGUCGACUCAGCUUGAAGGACUUUGAUACCCUGAUCCACGACCUAGACCGAGAGCUGGCCAAACAGAUUAACAUCUGCCUGUAGAGAGGAAGAUGAGGAAGAGGAGGAGGAACUGAUCUAGAUUUAAGCUUAGACCAGUCUGUUGAAGGUUGAUCAGAGGUUUUCACAGUGAUGCCCUCAGCUGAACACUGAGACAGUGUGCUGCCAGAGCAUAGCCAGCCUCUGGUCUCACAUGGUUGGUACUAAAUCCAGAGCCUGCUCUGGAUUUUUUUAAAAGGGGGGGGGGGGGGGGUAUUUAUCUUGAAAAGGCUCAACCCAAAAACAGAUACUCAAGAAGAGAACGAUGCAUCUUCCAAAAAUACUUCCAGGAAUAGUUUUUAUCUGAAAUCUAGGAGAAACCAGAACCUGAAGAAUCUUCCCAUAAUUCCCAUUCCAGCAACAACAGAGAGUCGUCAUCAGAUGGUUGUGUGUGAUGUAUACAUACGUGAAUAUGUGAAGUAUAUAUAAAUACGUCACACGCAACCAUCUGAUCACGACUCUGACGAAGAUGGAAGACGUCUGUCGAAACAUGUAAAACAACCGGUGUCGGAUAACACAAUAACAGACAAUCACAGACUAUGAACUUUAUUACACCAACAUAAAGUUCUGUUUGAUCUGGUCUGGUUCAUUGUGGACCAAAGUAGAUCCCUGUGGAUCCCAGUGAAUUUGUAGCACCAGUGUAGAUCUUACUGUGGCCUGUGGGUGCCGGUGGAUUCACAGUGGUGGAUGGUGGCAGAUUGCACUGUAAAAAAGCCAUAUGUCAGAUUUGCGGGUGUUGCUGCUCUGCUGCUUCUCCCAGUCAGACUAAACAGAAGCCAAAUUGCAGCAGAGGGAGGCUGCCCCCUACUGGUGCCAUUGCUGUUCUGCCAGCCCUGCAGCCGGCUCAGUGGCAGAGCGAGGGAAGCUGCAGUGUAUUUCUUUUUUUUUUUUUUUUUUUUUGAAUGGUACAGGAUUUAUAACUGAGUUCUGGAGGCCACAGAAUGUCUCAACUCAUGUUUUUUUGACAGUAUUACUUUAUUUUGCACAGUCUCGGUAAGCACUUGUGUUUUGUACUGAUGAAGACGACGUUUCUAUGCAGAAAAUGUAACCAAAGUGUUGAAGCACAGCUCCUGCUGUAUGUUUUAUUACUGCAAAUAUCUAUUAAAACAUUUUUAUGACAA